AUGGAGGGAUGCAAUCCACCCCUUAUCGAUCAAACGAACCCGCCAUCUCCUCACUUCCCUUAUAAAUUUACAGGCUUCGCCAAGAGAGAAGCAUCUGGAGAAGCAGAAGUUGUUCAGAGCAUCAAUAGGCACACUUACCUCAAAGGACCCAUGAACAUGAUCACCUCCGUUGUAAUUCCUCUUGCCUUGGCUGCUUCUUCUCUGUACAUGAUU